UUAAAGACACAGAUGUGUCCCGUGUCUCCCUUCAAAAAGGGGUUUGAUCCACUCACGUAACACAAACCAGAGUGCUGUUAAUCAGAGAGGUUUCCGGACACAAAGCGAAUUUUCAACGAACAUGGCAACACGAAGGCGUAAAAAGACGCGCAUGACUUGGCAACAACAAAUUAUUUCUGUGAUUUAACUUUUAAAAGAUGAAACCGGGUAUGAGUGCAGCAGCGGUUGGGUUUUUCUGAUAUGUCUCCCUGCCGUGAAAAUGACACGUUUUCGUCACUCAUCACGGAAUAACGUUUCAGUGGACGGAAACACCUCAGUGCGCUCCAGUCGAGUUGGACUAUUUCCUGGCGGACAACAAAAAUGGGAGGUAGCCACCUGUUCUCUCCGGGUCCGGCUAUUAUCUGGUCACUAGUCUUCUGUCAGCCAGUUGUUUGUCAGCAGGAGAUGCAUUCGCAUGCUGAGGAUGAGCUCUUCAAGAAGCUGUUCGAUGGUUACAACAAAUGGUCGAGACCCGUUCCAAACAUCUCCGACGUGGUUAUUGUUAAGUUUGGGCUCUCCAUAGCACAGCUCAUUGACGUGGAUGAGAAGAACCAAAUGAUGACGACAAAUGUCUGGCUCAAACAGGAGUGGAACGACUACAAGCUUCGAUGGAGACCAUCUGACUACGACAAUGUGACAUCCAUAAGAGUUCCGUCAGAACUCAUAUGGGUGCCGGACAUCGUCCUCUACAACAAUGCCGACGGUGAAUUUGCUGUGACACACAUGACGAAGGCUCAUCUGUUCCACACGGGCAAAGUGCGCUGGGUCCCGCCUGCCAUUUACAAAAGCUCCUGCAGCAUCGAUGUCACCUUCUUCCCUUUUGACCAGCAGAACUGUAAAAUGAAAUUUGGCUCCUGGACAUAUGACAAGGCCAAGAUUGACCUGGAGAAGAUUGAAAACACAGUGGACCUGAACAACUACUGGGAGAGUGGUGAGUGGGCCAUCAUCAACGCCGUGGGAACGUACAAUACCAAGAAAUAUGACUGCUGCCACGAGAUCUACCCCGAUAUCACCUACUUCUUCAUCAUCCGACGGCUCCCUUUGUUUUACUCCAUCAAUCUCAUCAUCCCUUGUCUUCUCAUCUCCUGCCUCACUGUCUUGGUUUUCUAUCUGCCGUCUGACUGCGGUGAGAAGAUCACCCUGUGCAUCUCCGUGUUGCUGUCCCUCACCGUUUUCCUCCUCCUCAUCACCGAGAUCAUCCCCUCCACAUCCCUUGUCAUCCCGCUCAUCGGCGAGUACCUCCUCUUCACUAUGAUUUUUGUCACCUUGUCCAUCAUCAUCACCGUUUUUGUCCUCAAUGUGCACCACCGCUCUCCCAGCACUCACAAGAUGCCCCGCUGGGUCCACUCCAUGUUCUUGGACCUGAUCCCCCGCUGGCUGUUCAUGCGACGGCCUGCUCCCGACGGCCGCCGUCGCAGGCUAUUACUGCUCCAGCGCGAGGUGGCAGCGGAGCGGCGGCGGGGCCGGCUAGCCAGGUGUCAAUCUGGCAAUUGCCUCAGUACAUCGGCAAACUGGCUACAAGAUGGGAUAAUGCUGGAAGAGCCCAACAGAAACUGUUAUGAGGAUUUGGAGCUGGGAACGCUGACGUCAUAUUUCUCGUUCCGCCCUCCUUCUCCUAGACCGCCAGGGUCAACUCCUCCAACGCAACACAACGCUUCGCAGAACAAUCCAGACCAACAGGAUGGACCUGCAGGGACUAACAGACAGUUGGCAGCUGGAAGGGCCAACAAAGUACUUGACAACACAAUGCCAGACUCACCAGUGCUGCUUUCACCAAGCGUUGUACGCGCACUCGAUGGCGUGCGCUACAUUGCUGACCACCUGAGGGCUGAAGAUGCCGAUUUCAGCGUGAAAGAGGAUUGGAAGUAUGUCGCCAUGGUGAUUGACCGCAUCUUCUUAUGGAUGUUCAUUAUUGUCUGCCUCCUUGGGACCAUUGGUUUAUUCCUGCCUCCUUGGCUAGCUGGCAUGAUCUAACCCAAUGUGGCAAGCAAAUCAACAAGGUGUUUUUUUUUACUACAACAGCACCACCUACAGGCAGAGGAUGUGUACCUGCUGUCAAACGAAUUUGGCAGGUAUUAAUUUCUGAGAGUACGUAUAUUGCCAUGUCACCCAGCUCAGUGCUGCAUUGUCAUUUUUUGAACUUUCAAAGCUGUACUUUGCCUCAGCUGUGCUGCUUUAAAUGCAAAAGAUGACAAUCCAAUGAUUUUUUAUUUCACUUAAGAUUAAAUGUCUUUUAUUAUUUGACCAAGAGGAAUCUAAUAUACUGGAUAUACUGGAUGCCGACUGAGGUUAUUUAGGCUAUUUGCAGAGUA